GUUGACGCUUGGGUCUCUCUACGCGCACAAGUUAACAAUUAUCACUAUGUCUGGACGUGGUAAAGGCGGUAAAGUCAAGGGCAAGGCAAAGUCCCGUUCGAGUAGAGCAGGACUUCAGUUCCCGGUGGGUCGUAUUCAUCGGCUACUUCGCAAAGGAAAUUAUGCCGAACGAGUUGGUGCUGGAGCUCCGGUAUACCUCGCCGCUGUGAUGGAGUACUUGGCUGCUGAAGUUUUGGAAUUGGCCGGUAAUGCUGCCCGGGACAAUAAGAAGACCAGGAUUAUUCCUCGUCAUUUGCAGCUGGCCAUUCGUAACGAUGAAGAGUUGAACAAACUGUUGUCUGGAGUUACUAUUGCCCAAGGUGGUGUUCUGCCCAACAUUCAAGCUGUUCUCCUACCAAAGAAGACCGAGAAGAAGGCUUAAAUUUACUGCACAAACAAAUAACCUUAAACGGCCCUUUUCAGGGCCACAAAAUCGUUCAAUAUGCUUAGAACAACGUCUUGCACAAUCCGCAACCUCAUCUUGUUACCUUCCUAAUAUAACUCAUAUUCGUGAACACUUCAAAUUAUAUGUACUUUGGUACACAUUCAAAUCUUGGCAUACAUAUAUUGCUUAAAAUUCGCAAGAUACUCUAUUAAUCAUUAAACCCAGUAUUGCUAAUUCAACGGAUAAAUACGCCCUCCAGAUUCUUUUCAGUGUACUGUGGUAAAUUCAUCGAUUCUUCGAAAACGACGGCGUAAUUCGUAUAUUCCUCUGCUCAAUUCAAUUGAACUCCGAAAAUUUAUAAAGAAAAUCUUUAUUGAUUGCGUAAAUCGAUUCGCUUUGCUUGAUUAAUCAGAGAUGGAUACUUGAUGACAGUCAUGACAUUUCACAGGACAUAUGUCUUGUCAUGUAUUCACGUUUAAUCGAAUGAUGACUCGACUCUUCAGAAUUGGAACAGAAAAUUAAGCUGGGACAUUUUAUACAUAGUAAAUGUAAUUUGCUGAAAGUCGAAUGUUUCUUCUAUACGCAACGCAAUAUUCUUAAAAUCAGUGCAAAAAUUAUUUGGAAUGCAAUGAUUUUUUGUGGUACGGUACGUACAAACAUUUGAAUUGU